CGACCGCAUAAGAAUCGCCGCCGGGCUGCUUGACGAUUCUCCAAAGGUUUGCGAGGCGCCAUACAGUCCACCACGUAGCUAAACGACCCACCGCGCACGGCGUUCAUCCAACCCUUUAGAUUUCCCCCCAUUAUAUAAGUGACAGAGAGACCCUGCAAGCCACAAAAGAAGGAAACCAUGGCUGGCAAUGCAGUGGAUAGAUGGUCUCUUCGUGGAACUACGGCUUUGGUCACCGGAGGCACCAAAGGAAUCGGGUACGCCAUAGUUGAAGAAUUAGCUAAGCUUGGGGCCGCGGUCUAUACGUGCUCUCGGAACGAAGAAGAGCUUAGAAAGUGCCUGCAACAGUGGGAGGCAAAGAACUUUAAGGUCACGGGAUCCAUCUGCGACGUCUCAUCUGCAGUGGAGAGAGAGAAACUGAUGGAGAAAGUGAAGUCCGAGUUCGAUGGAAAGCUCAACAUUCUGGUUAGUAACGCAGGGACGGGCAGUAUGAAGCCGGUAAUGGCUGUCACCCUUGAGGAGUACAAGUUUGUGACGGGUACCAACUUCGACUCAGCGUUCCAUCUGUGCCAACUGGCCCAUCCUCUUCUCAAGGCUACAGGACGAGGCACCAUUGUGUUCAACUCCUCCAUUGCAGGCAUGGUGGGCAUAGAUAAUUUCAGUGUCUAUGCAAUGACCAAAGGAGCGAUGAACCAGCUCACCAAGAACCUUGCUUGUGAGUGGGCCAAGGACAACAUCCGAACGAACAGCGUCGCACCGGGAUUCAUCAAGACCCCUCUCAUCAAGGAAGCACUUGAAAAUGAGGCGUAUGUAGCGGCGGAGACUCGUCGUAUCCCUCAAGGGCGUCUCGGUGAGGUCGAAGACGUGGCGCCUUUGGUGGCUUUCCUUUGCCUCCCUGCUUCUUCCUUCGUCAAUGGCCAAGUCGUCGUCGUCGAUGGAGGUCGGAUUGUGAACGCCAACAUCUGAUGUCUCUGCGGCGGCUAAUUCUUCUUAUUCUUCUCCAAUAAUUGUUAGCUAUGGCUAAUAGAUUACUACCAUAUGCUGACUGCCUCCGCAUUCCGACGUGACAUGCAAUCAAUAAUAAAUCGAAUGUAUUUGGGUGAACAUAAAAAA